UGUGCGGGAUAGGUGGAGACUGGGUUGGUGAGGAACCUCGAAGUUGAAUACAAGACGUGUCGAAGAUAAUUUUUUUUGGAGUACCUCCACGGCACUCUUUGCACAUAUACAGUCAGCCAGGAUCAGCAGAUCACCAUGAGUCUGGUGCCCUGGGCGCUGGCCCUGCUGCGGGGGCCGAGCCGACGUCUGCCCACGCUCGUCUCGGCCCGCGGCGAGGCCUCCUCAGCGGCCCGGGCACCGCCGACCGCCGCCGCCGGCGAGGCCGCCCCCCAGCCCGCCGCCGCCGCCGGCCACACGGCUCCGUCGCCCGACGCGCCCCUCCCAGACAUGGAGAACCCGUACCAGACGGAACGGCGGCAGUGCAUAGCGUGCCGCCACCAGCUGCGCUUCGACUACAAGAACGCCAAGCUGCUGAGCCAGUUCGUGUCGCCGUUCACCGGCCGCAUGUACGGCCGUCACGUGACCGGCCUGUGCGCCGAGCAGCACCGCCGCCUCGACAGCGAGUACAAGAAGGCCGUCGUCUGCGGCUACAUGGGACUGAAGAUCAAGCAGGUGGAGUUCCUCCGGGACCCGAGGAUCUGCGACCUGACCAAGCCUGUGCGGCCGCACAGGUUUUAGCGGGUACCAGUGGGUGUUAGAUGACUUGGAGUGCUUGGAUCACGUGUCGCUGCGUCUGUGUUUGGCGUGCGGGGUGUCAGAAGGGGCGCGAGUCCUGCAGAAAAUGUGGCCCGUCCAUAGUGAACGGUCCAGCGAAUGAGAAGUGUCGAUACAGUCCAUCGCGAGCGACCGUCUGUCGGUACUAGGCGCACCGGCUCGGCCAAAUAUAUUCUCGCAUGUCCCA